AUCCCAGUCGAUCACAUUAAACCAAAAUGAAGCCCGCUUUUGCUCUCUCUGCAACAGGACUCAUCGCCUCAGCACUUGCUAACGAUCUCGUAUCUGACAUCAGCGUCAUCUCGGGCUACUGGGGCCAGAUCAGGCCGUACGCCGAUAACGAGCCCGGACACUUUGGCGUCGAAGCACUCGGUCUGCCCAACGGAUGUGGUAUUGAGCAGGUUCACCAGCUCCAGCGGCACGGUGCCCGUUACCCUACCAGCGCAACAGAGGAUGGUGUUGAUGAUCAAGGUUUUGCCGCCAAGGUAUCAACUUUCCUCGCUGCCGGGGGGAAGUUCACUGGUCCUCUGAGCUUCCUCUCCGGAUACCAGCAGGAGAUCGAUUCCUCCGGUCUACUGGUUGAGACUGGUGCUGCCCAGCUCUUCACCUCGGGAACCCAGUUCUGGAAUCUGUACGGCCGCCUCCUCUACGGCGCCAAGGCGGGCCAGCCGUACUACAAUGCCUCCAACUCGGACGGGACUGCUCGUACCAAGCCCGUGCUGCGUACCACUUCCCAGGCCCGUAUUUUCCAGUCGGCCAUCUUCUGGGCACAGGGCUUCUUCGGCUAUCAGACCAAUGUUUCGGACCUCUAUGACUUGGUCGUUAUCCCCGAGGGUGGCACGGAGAACAACACCCUCGCAUCCUACGACUCUUGCUUCAACGAUGAUCUUGCUCCUCUUGGAAUUCUUGGCGACAACGACGUCUUCACUUACAUUCCACUCUACCUCCAGGAUGCCACUGCCCGCCUGCAGCAGUACGUCGACGGUGAAAACUUCACGCUCACUGUCAACGACACCUACUCGAUGCAGUCCAUCUGCGCAUACGAGUAUAACUCACUCGGCUCGUCUGACUUCUGCGGUCUUUUCACCCUUGACGAAUGGAAGGGCUUUGAGUACACCCUCGACCUGGAGUACUACUAUGACUACUCUUAUGGCAACCCUACCGGCCGUGCUCAGGGUCUUGGUUACCUCGAGGAGCUCCUUGCACGCUUGCAGAAGCAGUUCAUUACUUCGUCCGACUCGAGCGUGAACUCAACUCUCGACAACAACGGCGCGACGUUCCCUCUCGGUCAGCCGUUCUACCUCGAUACCUCGCACGAUGACAUCAUCAUCUCCGUCCUCACCGCUAUGAGCCUGGACUACCUCAAGCCCGCGCUCCCGCUCGACGUCUUCCCUCCUCCUGAGGACCGCACCUUUGUUCUCUCCCACCUUACUCCAUUCGGCGGCAGGCUCACAACUGAGGUCAUCGGCUGUGCUUCGGCCAACCCUACUGCCAAGCAGUAUCCGGAGACGACUUACAAGAUCUACACCAACGGGUACGAUCCUACCAAGGCGCCAAACAAGUUCAUCCGGAUGCGCCUGAACCAAGGUGUUCUGCCCCUCAACACCAUUCGUGGGGGUUUCUGCACCCGUGAGGAUGGACUCUGCUCGUUGUGUGACUUCCUCGCCAGCCAGACGAACAUGACCCAGCUUGCGAACUACCAAUACUCGUGCUUCGCGAACCAGAGCGAGGUCCUCGCUAACUUCAAUUGGGAUGGAUCCUCGUUCCCCCAGUAAGCGGAUGGGGACUUGUCGAUUUUGUGGACCCC